GUUAACAAUGAAUCAUAUAAUUUAAAAAUGUAAAUACAAGUUAAUAUAAAGCUAAUAAGGGUUUGCUCUAAAAAGAUGAGAUUAUUAAAGCCAUCUUUUGGUGGCUCCACGCAGGACCUCCUCUGUGACGCAGCGGAGUCCUGGCGCGUCUUCACUCCUCCAACUUUCACUGAUCCACUCAGGCUCUUUGGCUCCUUUACUUUCCACAGCCGCGCGGUCUGCAUGCCGCCUCGGUGCUGCACGGAAACCAAACUUCCACUCAGCCGAGGCAGAGGUAUGACUCAGAUACGUUGGAUGAACCAGAAAACCCGGUGGUUCUGACGGUGCAGUUCCAAAAAGAGAGAAAAAAGGCGCGGUUCCCCCUUCAGGGACGAGAUGAUGUCUGCGGUGGAGACCGGCGUGUACCAACCCGCACAGCUCCUCAGCUGGGUCUACAUGUCCUUAGAAGACACGCGGGACAGUCCGGUUGAUGAAGCGGACCCCUCUGCACAGAGCAAGCGCUCAGAAAUGAACUGUCUGAGCAACUUCUUCCAUCUGAACAGUGAGGGUCUGAAUAAUAAGUUCUCCAAAAGGUCUUCAUAUGAGGGAUCUUUCAGCAACAUCAUGGAUGGCCUCAGCUCUUUAGCACACCAUUUCUCAGACCUCUCCCUGUCCCCCGAGACCCGGAAACCCAGCAAAAGGCCCCCACCCAACUACCUGUGCCACCUUUGCUUCAACAAGGGACACUACAUCAAAGACUGCCCCCAGGCUCGACCCAAAGGUGAAGGUCUGACCCCAUACCAGGGCAAAAAGAGAUGUUUUGGUGAAUAUAAAUGUCCUAAGUGCAAGAGGAAGUGGAUGAGCGGGAACUCUUGGUCUAACAUGGGUCAAGAGUGCAUCAAGUGUCACAUCAACGUUUAUCCUCACAAGCAGAGACCUCUGGAGAAACCGGACGGCCUGGAUGUCUCCGACCAGAGCAAAGAACAUCCUCAGCAUCUGUGUGAGAAAUGCAAAGUUCUGGGCUACUACUGCCGCCGUGUGCAAUAACACACCCAGGAACAGUCGAUGAUUCCACUGUGAUGCGUUCAUGACAGUGAAUCCUCCCUCCUCCCCACUGUGACUCAACUCUCUUCUACAAUGGAGACAACCUCAGAGUUUACACAGGUUAUGGGAAUAUUAAUCUCUAAUCUUUAACAAAGAAUCCACCACUGUGAAUUUAUUUCGUUCUAACCCGAAAAAUGUAUUUUAUACAUUUCUAUAUUUCAAUUAUAGCUUGAACUGUUUAAUCUGUAUAAAAUAUGCAAGUUCGUCCUAAUGUUAUGUAUCUGCAGCAUCAUUUGGUACAUCAUAUUUAAUAUAUUUUGAAGCCAUACUGUUGUGUAGUACUUCUGGGAAUAUUUUAGCCAACUAACAGUAUUUGUUUACUUUGUGUUAGUGUGUGAACAUAGUUGUCUUAUUUUUGUUGUAAAUGAGCAGCUUGAUAAACUGCCUGAACUUUUCCAAAGUGCCACUUAUUCAUUUUCUGUAAGAUUUUAAUAAAAAUGUGAAUUGUGUUCAAACUGCAUGUUUUCAUUAUUAGGAUUAUAUUGUAAAUGUAUUUUAUUUUCUCAGCCUUUAUGCCUUAUUUUUAGUUUGUUAGAUUAUAAGGUCUUGAAGUUAAUUAUUUCUAUUAAAUUGUUUUUAAACUUAACCCUGACAUUGACAAAACUAUUUUUUUAGGGAUUCUUAUAAUAAAAUGAAUUUUAAUGUGAGGUUUUCUAUUAUUGUGAUUGAUAAACAUGUUUCACAUUCUGCAGUUGGAUAAUUUUCAUGUGUUUUU